GCCUAUAUAUGAUGUAUGUGCAAUAGCUUGCUUUUCACAACUCACUUUCGCUUUCUAUAUUGGGAGGCCAGUACUGGAAAAUGGUGUCUCAGACAAUUGAUCUUUUGAAGAAUGAAAUUCCUCUGGACCAGGAACCUGUGGAUCUGUCAGAGGAUGUUGUCACUGGACUUGUUCUAGUGGACAUAAUCAAUGGCUUCUGUACUGUUGGUGCUGGAAAUCUGGCUCCAAGAGAACCCGAUAGGCAGAUCUCGGAGAUGAUUAGUGAGUCUGCAAGACUUGCCAGACACUUUUGUGAAAAGAAAUGGCCAGUUUUGGCAUUCAUUGAUUCUCAUCAACCUGAAAAGCUGGAAGACCCUUAUCCCCUUCAUUGUAUCGAGGGCACUGAUGAAUCAAACUUGGUCCCUGCAUUAAGUUGGUUGGAGAAAGAACCAAAUGUCACAAUCAGGCGCAAAGAUUGCUACGAUGGAUUCGUAGGCUCAAUUCAACCUGAUGGUUCAAAUGCUUUUGUUGAUUGGGUGAAGAAAAAUCAGAUCAGAACUUUAUUAGUGGUAGGAAUAUGCACGGACAUCUGUGUUCUGGACUUUGUUUGUUCCACAAUAUCAGCUAGAAACCGUGGUUUUCUGACCCCUUUGGUGGACGUAGUGGUUUACUCGCGUGCCUGCGCCACAUUUAAUGUUCCUCUUCAGGUUGCCAGAAACACCAAAGGAGCUUUAGCUCACCCUCAGGAACUGAUGCAUCAUAUAGGACUCUACAUGGCAAAGGAAAGAGGAGCCAAAAUAACAAAUCAAGUGUCCUGGGUUGGAGCUAAAGAGCUAUGAGCCUAUUUUGUCAACAUUACUACAUAUAUAGCAUAUAAAUUAUUAAGUCUCUAAAGUAUAAUUGAGAUGAUUACGUUGUAUGAAUAAGUUAUGUGAGAAGUAGAUGUGAACAAAACCUUUGAACAAAAAUCGUAAGUGCUGCAGAAUGGAGAAGCAAUUCUGCGCUGCCAAAUAAAUCAAGAGUGUGCUACAACAUGUCU